UCCCUGAGCCGGCACUAUCUGUAAUGUAAGUCUGUAUUAUGAUUAGUAUGUUUUAUGCUAAAAAUGUUGCUGGGUAAAGAUUUUUUUUUUUAAGACUAGAAGUAUUUUAAAAAUCAUCUUCUUAUGUGGGAACUGGGAAUAUAUCAUGGUUCCCUUUAUUCCUUUCAUUGUUUUUGGUCUUUUUUUAAUACAAAAGAGACAAUUCUCAUAUUUUUUCUCUGUUUGCUGUCUUUUUUCUCAGUGAAAAAGAAUAAAGAUUUUUUGAAGAAAAUCUCCAUGUGAACAAAAUGAAAAGACUGAAUUCUCUGAGGCUGUAUUCUUAAAUGGAUAUUACCAACAUACUGCUGGCAAGCACAGCUUCCACUGUUGGGACAAUAUCGUCGACACCACAGCUCAUCCUGAUGGGUUGUCUUAACUUAACUAGCGGAAAUGAGACUUUUCAUGGCAGGCACCCUUAUACUGUGCAGACCUCUGUGCCUUUAACCAUCCUAGUGGGCAUCCUCAUCCUGCAAACUGUGUUUGGCAAUGUCAUGGUAGUAAUUGCUGUGAUCACAAGCAGAGCCCUGAGAGCGCCUCAGAACUUGUUUUUAGUCUCUCUGGCAUGUGCGGACAUCCUGGUUGCCACCUCAGUGAUGCCUUUUUCUUUAGCCAAUGAACUGAUGGGUUACUGGUACUUUGGGAAAGUGUGGUGUGAAAUCUACCUGGCUUUGGAUGUGCUCUUCUGCACCUCGUCCAUCGUUCACCUGUGUGCCAUCAGCCUGGACAGAUACUGGUCUGUCUCUCAAGCCAUUGAGUACAACCUGAGAAGGACGCCACGCAGGAUUAAAUGCACAGUCUUCGGAGUUUGGGUACUGGCAGCUAUUAUAUCAUUCCCUCCACUUAUCACAAUGAAAAAGGACGAGGGUAAAGAGGACCGCCCCGAAUGUAAAAUUAAUGAGGAGAAAUGGUAUAUCAUAUUCUCCAGCACUGCCUCUUUCUUUGCACCAUGUGUCAUUAUGAUCAUGGUGUAUGUUAGAAUAUACCUGAUUGCCAAGAAAAGAACAAGAGCCCCGCCAGAAAGGCAGAGAGUAUUCGGCAACACAGAAGACGCAAAGUGUGGUUUGAACCCCCAGGAGAGAAAAGACGGAGAAGAGAGGGAGGAGGAAGAGGGGGAGGGCGCAGAGAUCAACGGGCUGGAUGUGGAGGAGGAACCAUCCUCGUCUGACGGGAAUGACACUAUCCUGUGUUCCCUGAAGAAGAGGAGUUGUAUGAGAACAGCCAAAGGGGCUCAGGUGAAGCCCGGGGAAACCUCUCUGAAGCCAGAGGCGCAGCCCUGCGUUGGUCCGAGCAAGUGGAAAGGGAGGCAGUACAGAGAGAGGCGCUUCACAUUUGUUCUGGCUGUGGUCAUGGGAGUGUUUGUUCUUUGCUGGUUCCCCUUUUUCUUCACGUACUCGCUCACAGCUGUGUGUGACACCUGCUGCGUCCCAGAGACACUGUUCAAAAUGUUCUUCUGGUUCGGUUACUGCAAUAGCUCACUUAACCCUGUUAUUUACACCAUAUUCAAUAAUGACUUUAGGAGGUCUUUUAAAAAGAUCCUUUGCAAAAGGGACAGGGGAACUUUAUAAAUAGGAUUUUUAUGAAUGCAUUUUAAAAUACAGCAUUUUUGGUCAUCUGUACCUAAGCUCCGUUAAGUGUAAAUAUUACACAGACAUUAAAGUAUAUUUAUGGAAUAUUUGAAAAUGUGAAAAGUAGCAUGUUUUGCCUUUGUGUACCACAUCAGCAAAUAUCUGUAAUACUAAAAUCAUGCAAGAUAUCUUAUGUGAAGUGUAUCCCAGCUAGUAUUAUAAUGUGACAACCUUUGAGUUUACAUUGUACAAUUGUGACAACAUGGAUUAUACAUUUUCUACAUGUAUUUGUAUAUUUGUAACAGUAUUCAGUCAACCUUCAUAUCUUUUUCAUGGUUUGGGUCUUAAUGCCUUUAAAGACAGACUGACAGUGUGAGUUAGACACAGAAAGACUCAGAACAAGAUAAAACGGGUUAUAGGGAAAAUAAUAGUAUGACAUGCUGCAAAUACAUCCACUAUAAAUGGCACUAGUUGGUAAACAACACGGCCAAUAAUUUCAUUAUGACUGAACUCAAUCAUCAAUUACUCUGCCAGAGAAAUGUGGAGAAACUAUGCAUGCUUUUGGACAGUUU